AAUUGUUAGACCUGCUGGCACGAUCAUUUCAUAUUUAAAAGCUUUUUGAACAUCGAAGAACUCUUGGAAGUUUCUUUAUCGGUGAACGGCAACAAUUUAUUGCAUUCUUGAUACAGGAAAUUGGUGCUAGGUUUUUCCGAUUACAUUUUUCACUUUGGAGACAAUAGUCGCUGUGUCUGUCUUUCCAAUAUAUUGAACGUAUCAGAAUUGAAUUAUGUACGAUUGUUGGAUAGCUUUACUGUUAAUUUCCAUUGCUGUAGCCCAGCAACAAAUCGACGACCCAUAUUGCUUUCGAUUCACUUGGCUCGGAUCCAAAUUUAACGCCAACAGUACGUAUUUGAAUGCCACUUGUGAUGAGGUCACAAGGGGAGCCGAUGUUCCGUGUACUCGUCCACUUGUUGCGACAGAAAAUAGUCGGUUACCGAACAUAACAUACAUGUGGACGGAUCUGUCCAGAGGUGACAUUGCUUGUCGGAUGACACCAGAAAAUGUUUGUGUGAAGUAUUCAUAUUACUACAAUAAUGCCCUGGAAAACAUAACGUACAUGUGCACCAAGGUCACAGUAGAAAACGAAGGAGCUGCAAAAUCGGGUUGCUAUUCAGAAUAUCAGGAUGGACGGGAGAUUGAAGUCUGUGUUUGCAGAUCGAAUCCAGGCGAGGUGCCCUGUAACACGGGAAAUACUAAAAUUCACUUUCGAUUGAACAUAAUUUUUGCUGUGCUGUUCAAUGCAUUUUUGUUCAAUAUUUUAUGAUUACAUUUCACUCGGUUGUUUUAAAUGCGAUUGUUUUCCAGUAAAUGUUUUCUAGAUUUGUUUGCAAAAGUAAUUAUUGUUUCCAUAAGUUAAACAAUUUCUUCAUAAUAUGCUAAGAUUGUGCGUUAUUACCAUGGUAAUUUGUGAGAAGAAUGACAAUGAUUGUAUAAAAAUACUCUUUCAUAAUAAGAAAAAGAAAAAAAUUGAAAUAAAAGUUUAAAUAUUGCACAUUAUAAGAAGUCAAAUGUGCAACAGAAUGCACAUCUGUAA